AUGUGUGGCUGUACAAUUGACAAGGAAAUCAGUGAGGAGAUCGAUGUUAAGCCAGAUGAAUGCAGCAAAUGUUUGAAUGAUUCCAAAGUCCUUCUCACGCACCGGUGUCCAAGCCAGAAGGAGGCAAUCGUGGGGUAUGACGAUUGCAUGUUACGCUACUCCAACGGAUCAAUAUUCAACACUAAGGAAACUGUUCCUGAAUACCCUCUGAGUAACUUUAAUAAUGCAACAGAUGUUGAAGAGUUCAAUCGAGUGCUUAGGAACUUGCUAGAUAGCCUUAUAGGCCAAAUGAUUCAGUACCAGGCUGACUUGUCAGAACAAGAUUGCAGUGCAUGCUUGGUUGAUGCUAUAAAAGGAAUUCCUUAA